CCGAGCGGCUAUGGGGACGCAGUGUCUGUGUCAGAUCUGCACCUGCGGGCGCCAUCACUGCCCACAUGGAACCACAAAGAUCUAUGAAAACACUGGCGAGUUCUGCCCCAUGACAGAGUACUUGGAAAAGUACCCAUUCUACGGCACUGUGGCCCCACCCCAGAGUCUCAAACCCAGGCCAGCAGUGCAGGCUGUGGACCGAGGCCGAGUGGAAGACAUCACCACCUUUAAGUCUGACUACCGCCCUUAUGAAAUAACCAGGCCGCCUCGACACAUGCCAGAAGAGUAUCGACCCAAAGCAGGGAGUGUGGAUCAUGAAACCACCUACAAGCGGGAUUUUAAUCCCCACCAGGUGCAGCCCAUGGUGAUCGUGCGGCCCAGGGAGAGGCCACCAGAAAAGCAAGGGAAGCUGGACACUGUCCCCACCUACAAAGACGACUACCGGGCCUGGGCCAUUCCGAGGCGUGAGCUGCACAAACCGGAGCGCGUGUACCAGCCCCCGAUGGUGCAGUUCGGGAACCCUACCACCUCCCAGGACGACUUCAUCCCUCACGAGAUCGUGCUGCAGCAGAGCUAUAGCCCCCAUGAGGGGCUGCUGUGCCCCACUGCCCCUUUCAGUGGUGACACCAGCCACCGCCGGGACUAUGUACCCUACGAGCUGCCCCCGCGGUUGGCGAGGCCCAAGGACGAGUACAAGGUGGCCAGCCAGCCUAUGGAAAGCCUCACCACUCACCGUGGGGCCUUCCAGGGCCUCCCAGGCCAGGCGGCCAGGCUCUGCAGACCUGCGGAGUCCAGGGCCAGCCCCAAGGCCUGCUUCGCAGGGACCACGGAGUUCCGGGAGAGUUUCCCGCCCUGGGAGAUGGUGCCCCCUGAGAAAAAGGUGGUGUCAGAGUAUGUGCCCCCUUCGGGCACCAUGCAGCUGGCCAGUACCAGCCACCUAGACUAUAUCCCCCACCAGGCCACGCGUGUGCUCCCUGCCUGGCCUGUGCCUCGCCGCAGCAGCAGCAGCCCCGGGCCCUUCCAGGGGAUGAAUACCACCCACGACCACUUCCCUGCCUGGCAGGUCAGCCGCCGGGCACCAGUGCGGCCGCAGCAGCUGCUCCCAGGCCCGUCUGGGAAGUUCGAGGGCCUGAGCACAUUCAGGUCCCACUAUGUGCCACACGCCCUGGUCCCCACUCGGAGCUGCAGGCCCACACAGGCUCUCUCACAGAGUAAGGCACCCUUCCAUGCGGUGACCAUGUACUCCACUGAGUAUGUGCCCAGGCAGCAGGUGGUGUGCCCAGCUAGCUUCCCCUCUCCUCCAGGCUACGUUUUUGCUAACACAGACUCCCGGGGUCACCGUUUUUUCCGCAGGCUGCCCCCUAUGGUGGAGGCCUACUGAGGGUCAGCAGCCACCCACAGAAGGAAGUGGGCAGCUCUCCGGAGCAACCCCAGUUCCGGGUGAGCGGCAAUGAGAGCCCAAAGUACGUUCUUAAGUUUAGACAAGCAAACAGGCUGUCCUCACAGGAAGUCAGUACCUCAGACACGUCUGGUACCCACACUG